AUCAGAUUCCACAGUCCCAUCCAUCUCACUCAGGCAGGCUUGAAGGGAAGCAUUCAAUACGCAAUUACAUAACACUUCUUAAUUCGUGCUUAUCACCCUAAUUAACAUAUUCUUAAACUAUUUUGACACUACAAUCUUAUUCUCAAUUUUUCAACACAUUAAACUUAUCUGAAAUCAUUAUCAAACUCGUAGACAAUUUCAAUUAGCUCCGGUUUUUAUUCUACAACCAGCCAAAUCAUGCUCAUCAUAAAUUGUUACACAUUAUCAUUCAUCGGUUUCUAUAAUCUCAUCAAUUAUGCAUUCACGAGCUCUUACCCUCUUGAGAUAGCUCCCGCACCCGAUGGACGACUAUUGUUAACCGGUGCAACAAAGUUUUCACAGGAUCUGACCAAGCGCCAAAAUCGCGGCACCGGCACUACGAAUACUCGUCCUAGACCGGCAGGUACAACUGCUGCCACCCAAAAAGCCGCUACGACAGGCGGAAGCAACAAAUCUCUCAAACUCAGAGAAGCCGCCAGAAGGCUGAAUACAGAAGCUAAUCAAGUGACUAAGGGGCUCCAAGAUCUCAAAAAACUCAACCCUCAAAGCGUUUCAGCUGCGGUUGAUAGAAUCAUGAAAAUUGUAGCAGCUGAAGCUGGUCCCAGGGAUGAAAUUGGCAAGGCUCUUCCAAACAAUUCUGCAGUCCAGAGCAACGUUGCUGCGAUUAAAAAAGCAGGACCCUCCUUGGGUGCUGCCAUUCGCGCUUUGAAGACUGGUGGUACUGGCGCUAACUUCUCAAAGCAAGUGGACAAAGUACUCGAGAUAAGGAAGCCCACUCUGGAAGCGGUUAAGAGUAUAAUUGGAGCCGCUGAUGCUGCAUCAAAAUAAUGUCCACUCAUUGGGCUCCUCUCAAAAAAACCUCUGGAAAAAAUGAAUUUGGUUUCUUUUUAAGGUGUAAGACCAGAGAAUAUAUCAGGAUUGUAUUCUGGAAACAAAACAUCAGUUAUUAUUUAAGUUGUAAAAUUCAGUGAAAUUAUGACAUACAAAUUACCUUAAGAAAUUUUUAACAAAUUUUGUUUAUGGAGCCGUAAUGAAUUCCCGCACCGGC